CAGUACGUAAUGGCCAGCUGGAACGUGGGAUUACAAUGAGCAGAAGAGGUGGGAAGCCGAAUAGAUGUGGCGGUAAAUUUAAUCGUCCCAGAGGCGGCAGUAGCGGUGGUAGCAAAAAAGCAAACGAGUGUGAUGUUUAUGAUUACGAUGAUAUUGUGUUGGACAGACCUGCUAUCGUGCCAACUGGAAAACCAUCGACUAGAGGCCGAGGACGAGGUAGCAGUUCAAGAGGAGCUCGCGACCGGGGAAGUGACAGGGGCCGUGGCCACACACAGAGUGACAGGGGCCGAGGCCAUAGUGAUAGGGGUCGAGGCCAUAAUGACAGGGGUCGAGGCCACAGUGACAGGGGUCGAGGCCAAAGUGACAGGGGUCGAGGCCAAAGUGACUGGGACCAAAGAAGUGACGUACACAGAAGUUCUGAUCGACCAAGGAGACAGGAUGUCCGAGUGAAACUGCAAACAUUGUACAUGAGUGAGGAGAACCAGGACAUGGUACGAGAUAUGUUCAAAGAUCUCCAUGGAGAGGAACCAGACAUACUGAGUGAGGAAGAGUAUGAUGAACUAGAUAUGAGAACGGAGGAUCAAUACUGGAUGACCCAGGACCCCCUACAGAUAGAGGAUGUCCAGGUCUACUACGGCAAAAAGAAAAACAGCAAGAUGGACUCGGAAUGUAUAAGUCAUAUCGCCAUCAACAAACUCAUGAGAUAUGGGUAUGAGAAGAAGAGAUGUGUGGAAGCUCUACAGCUACAUGAUGGUGACAUCGGUGUGGCCUUUGAGUACCUUUUCUGUAAAUGCUUUGACAUCAACAUGAACUUAGAAGAAGGAUUUGGUGAAGAAGAAAAUGUGAAUGAAUUCAAUGAUUUUCUAGAUGAGGAAAAGAAAGAUCAUAAGCAGAUUCUAGCGGAGCUUGGUCUGACUUGGGAAGAUAUAGAGGAGCAAAGAAAUGAAGAAAUAAUGGCAUUGAAAUCAAUAUAUGAAGAUAACUUUACUGAAAAGAUUCCAAAUAAAGUGUGGUCUCUGUGUCUAGAUUUACCGUCCAUUAAAGACUUGGUCAAACCUUCAAAACCAGAAGAUGUAGAGUCAGUUCAGGAGAAAAAGGAUAAAAACCGAGAAGUUUGUAGAUUUUUUUUGAAAGGAUUUUGUCAAUUUGGUAAGAGAUGUUUGUAUUCUCAUGAAAUGGCCAAACCAGCCAUUCCAAAGAUUUUUAUACCAAAUGAAGAGCUUGUAGAAAAUAAACCAGAUUUUGAAUUAGAAUUCAGAUUCCCUAAAAACAAUAUGUACCCUGUAGAGGCUCCAAUUAUUGGAUUUUCGUCUACUCUGCCAAACUUUCCGCCCCAUGUUUGUCUACUCAUCACAGAACGACUGAGGGCUGAAGCUAUGGACUGUUCAGAGUUGAAUGCUCCGGCUGUGUUUACCUUGGUCAGUGUCCUUGAUGAUGAACCGGCCGUAGUACAUUUGUAUAAUAGACCACCACUGGAGUACAGCAGGCCUGACUAUGACCAGGCAUGGAGAAGGAAACAGAAGCUGGAGGAGGAACAAGCUACAUCUGUGUUUCCUUUCAAAAGACAGACAUCUAUAGAGGAAGACUACAAAUCAGACACAGCAGCAUUGAUCAGAAUGACAGAACGAGAAAGUCAGGUGAUGGAGGAAGAAGAAGUUAAGGUUGAAAAAAAGAGGGUCAAUACCAGAGAUAGUAAUAUCAUGAGACAAAUAAAUGCAGGAGAGACUCUGAAACAGAACAGAAGAUUGAAGGAACAAUAUCACAGGAAAAAGAGUUCCAAAGCCAUGCAGAAAUUGAUUACCCAGAGACAGAAUUUACCAGCCUGGGACAUGCAGGAAGAAAUAUUGACCGCUCUAGAGAGCCACCAGGUGUUGGUGGUCAGUGGCAUGACUGGGUGUGGUAAGACGACCCAGGUCCCCCAGUUUAUCCUAGACUCCUAUCUGGAGUCUAAAGAUCUGAAUGUGUGCUCCAUCCUGUGUACCCAGCCACGCCGUAUCUCUGCCAUUGCAGUGGCCGAGCGGGUGGCUGAAGAACGUGCAGAGAAACUUGGUCGAACUGUGGGUUACCAAAUCAGACUGGAGAAAGUUCAGUCAUCAAUGACACGGCUCUUGUUCUGUACAACGGGGAUUGUGUUAAGGACACUUGAGGGAGAUUCUACACUAGAAGGCAUAACUCAUGUCAUCAUAGACGAGGUCCAUGAACGAUCUGAGGAGAGUGACUUCCUGAUGAUGUACCUGAAGGACAUGUUACCGAGACGUAAGGACCUGAAGAUCAUCCUGAUGAGUGCCACUCUCAACGCCCAAUUGUUCUCCGACUACUUCGGUGGCUGCUGCAUCAUAGAUAUUCCAGGAAGAACUUUUCCGGUUGAUCAGUAUUUCUUGGAGGACGCUGUUGAUUUUACAAGGUUUGUUAUGGAUGAAUCAUCACCUUAUGCUCGUCCACUCAAGCACAGUAAUGCUGUACCAGGAAGGAAGGGCUACAUCGACCCCAACAGUUAUGAGGAUGAGAGAGCUGAGGCAUCACAGCCACCCAAAGAGAAAGCUAAGGAUGAAAAUCUAACUGUGAAACAGCUGUUCAUGAGAUACUCUGAUUAUCAUAAAUCUACAUGCAGAAGUAUGGCACUUAUGGACAUGAAUAAGAUCAACUAUGACCUUAUCGUGACCCUGCUGGAGUGGAUUGUAGAAGAUAAGGAGGGGUUUCCAAAAGGUGCUGUUCUAGUCUUCCUACCAGGCUUUGCAGAAAUACAGACUCUAUUAGAACUACUCCAGUCAAACUCAAUAUUUGGAAACCGCAACAAAAAGUGCUUCAAGAUUAUACCGUUGCACUCAACCCUAUCCAGUGAGGAUCAGCAUGCUGUGUUCUUAAAGCCACCAGAGGGAGUUACAAAGAUUGUUAUAGCGACAAAUAUUGCUGAGACAUCCAUCACUAUAGACGACGUUGUGUAUGUCAUCGAUGCUGGCAUGAUGAAAGAAAAACGGUAUGAUGCAUCUAAGGGCAUGGAAAGUCUGGAGACCGUAAAUGUGUCCAAGGCCAACGUCCAGCAGAGGAAAGGACGUGCGGGUCGGGUCGCUAAUGGUGUCAGUUUCCACCUGUUCACCAGUCAUAAAUAUCAGUACCACAUGAAGGAGCAACCCAUACCAGAAAUACAGCGAGCUCCACUUGAACAGAUUGUACUGAGGAUUAAAAUGUUGGAUAUUUUCAACAGGUUACAUGCUCAGGAGGUGCUCGAACAGUUACCAGAACCUCCAGAGAAGGAAUCCAUCUUAGCUGCUAUCAGACGUUUACAGGAUCUGGGAGCUCUGGAUGAACAUGAUGAAUUAACACCAUUGGGCUACCAUCUGGGCUCGCUUCCUGUGGAUGUCAGGGUUGGUAAACUGAUGUUGUUUGGUGCUAUUUUCCGCUGCCUAGAUCCUGCACUGACUAUUGCUGCUUCUCUUAGUUUCAAGUCUCCUUUUGUGACUCCAUUUGAUAAGAAGGAUGAGGCUACAAAAAAGAAAGUAGAAUUUGCAACUGGAAAUUCUGACCACUUGACCAUGGUGAAGGCAUAUCAGGGUUGGAUUGAUGCCAGGAAGAAAAGUCAGUAUGCGGAAUAUAACUAUUGUCAUGACAACUUCCUGUCUCACAGGUCACUAGAGAUGCUGGCCAGUAUGAAGCGGCAGUUUGUGGAGUUAUUGUCAGACAUUGGCUUCCUGAAGGAGGGGAUAAGUCAGGGAGACAUAGAGCGCACUGGUCAGAGAGGCUCUGAUGGGGUUUAUGACAUCACAGGACCUGAGGCCAACAUAAACUCCUCUAACUGGAAAAUUGUAGCAGCCAUACUAGUGGGCGCACUUUACCCGAACGUUGUACAGGUCCUCACACCAGAGGCCAAGUUCAGCAUGAGCAGUAUGGGUGCUAUUCCAAAACUUCCAAGAGCAGAUGAGCUACGGUUUAAAACAAAGAGUGAUGGUUAUAUCCACAUCCAUCCAUCAUCUGUGAACUUCCAAGUGAAUCAUUAUGAGAGUCCCUACCUGGUCUACCAUGAGAAAGUGAAGACAAGUCGAAUUUACGUACGAGACUGUACGAUGGUCAGUGUGUAUCCGCUGCUGUUGUUUGGGGGAGGCAGUAUCAAUGUAGAUUUGGAGAAAGGCAAUUUCAUUCUGUCUGUGGAUGAUGGAUGGAUACGCUUCAUGGCGAACACACACCAGGUUGCUGAGCUUGUGAAGGAGUUGAGGUUGGAGCUGGACCAACUUUUGUCUGACAAGAUACAGAAUCCACACAUGGACUUACUGACCUGUCCAAAGGGCAGUAAGAUCAUCGACACCAUUGUCAGACUCAUUACCACACAGUGACCGCUCUAACUGGGAGAUCACUGUUGUUCCUUAGUAAUCAAGAUAGUGCAAUAGUCAACAGAAAAAAGGGAAUGAAUUAAAACCCAAACUGUAUAAAUGCUUCUGGAAGAGUCAUUAAAUGAUAUCAAUCAUUUGAUGUUUACUUUGCCUUCAUAGAGCCAACGAACAUUACUGUGUGUGCAUGCAUGUGUGUGCAUAUGUGAGUGUUUGUGAAAUGUUGCAAAAUUUCAUGUUUAUUUAUCAUGAAUGUGUUCAGUGGAUGUUAAGACAAUUUUGCUAACUGUUGUCUUGUAAACCUCAUCUUAAGUUAUAUACCAGGUACCUGUGUAAUCUGACACCCUGUUGUCUUAUAAACCUCAUGUUAAGUUAUAUACCAGGUACCUGUGUAAUCUGACACCCUGUUGUCUUAUAAACCUCAUGUUAAGUUAUAUACCAGGUACCUGUGUAAUCUGACACCCUGUUGUCUAAUAAUCCUCAUCUCAAGUUAUAUACCGGUUACCUGUGUAAUCUGACACCCUGUUGUCUUAUAAACCUCAUGUUAAGUUAUAUACCAGGUACCUGUGUAAUCUGACACCCUGUUGUCUAAUAAUCCUCAUCUCAAGUUAUAUACCGGUUACCUGUGUAAUCUGACACCCUGUUGUCUUAUAAACCUCAUCUUAAGUUAUAUACCAGGUACCUGUGUAAUCUGACACCCUGCUGUUUUAUAAACCUCAUCUUAAGUUAUAUACCAGGUACCUGUGUAAUCUGACACCCUGUUGUCUUAUAAACCUCAUCUCAAGUUAUAUAUCAGGUACCUGUGUAAUCUGACACCCUGUUGUCUUAUAAACCUCAUCUCAAGUUAUAUAUCAGGUACCUGUGUAAUCUGACACCCUGUUGUCUUAUAAAACCUCAUCUCAAGUUAUAUACCAGGUACCUGUGUAAUCUGACACCCUGUUGUCUUAUAAACCUCAUCUCAAGUUAUAUACCAGGUACCUGUGUAAUCUGACACCCUGUUGUCUUAUAAACCUCAUCUUAAGUUAUAUACCAGGUACCUGUGUAAUCUGACACGAUGUUGUCUUAUAAACCUCACCAUAAGUUAUAUACCAGGUACCUGUGUAAUCUGACACGAUGUUGUCUUAUAAACCUCAUGUUAAGUUAUAUACCAGGUACCUGUGUAAUCUGACACUUUGUUGUCUUAUAAACCUCAUCUUGAGUUAUAUACCAGGUACCUGUGUAAUCUGACACUUUGUUGUCUUAUAAACCAAAUUGUAUGUGAUAAACCUGACACAGGUGUAAUUUAGGAGAAGAGAACAAUAUUUUUCUGAGGAAAUCAGUAUUAGCUAGAGAGCUUGGUUAUUUUGAAUGAGAAACUUGUGUAAGAUUUGAUAAACCUGUGUAAUCUGACACAUUGUUGGUCAAGAUAAAGGAAGAAACAUAAUGUCUCACAGAUAGUUGUUAAUUUCUAUUAGACACCAUUACUAAUAUGCAGUGAAACCUGUCUUAUCUGACCUAUAGUUUGUAUACGUCAGUCAGGUUAGACAAGAUAUCAGAAUAUAUCUGUGAGAAUAGGAUUACAUGAUAUCAUUGUUAUGUUGGAUUGGAUAGGAUGUCAGAAUAUGCUUAGGUCAGAUUAGACAGGUUUCAAUGAAACAAAAAAAAGAAAUUUGUUUGAAGUUAUUAGUGUGAAAUUUCAUUUUAUUUUUUAAAUGAAAUUAAUAGAUUAAAUGUAUUAGUUUUAAAAUACAAAAUGUAGUGUAUAAAUAGUGUUUGCUGCAUGUGGGUCUAGAAAUUGCUGAAAUGAUUAGAAAUAUGUGAUACAAUAAAUUAUAUAUUUGCAUAGA